AUGAGGGGUCUGCGGGGCAAGCCGCAUAGAGUCCUGAGGAGACGCCGCAAGGCCCGGCGCCGGAGCGCCCGAGGCCGGGCCCGGGUCCACGGGUGGUCGCACCUGGACCCGGGAAGCAGAGGGGCACAGAUGCUGCGAGAAAAUGUGUGGGUGCCCUGGAACGGGCUCAUUGUGAUUGGGAAGAGAAUGGAGCUCCUGGGUAGAAAUACCCAAAAGCCUCCAGUGGGCGACCCAAAGCUUGACCCUCAGCACUGGAGACCGGAAGAUGUGGGAAAAGUGGUCUUGAAAGCGAAGUCAGGCCAGAGUCCGGAAAGGAUGGAUAUGAAGUUAGUGCACGGUGUAGCAAGUUCAUUACAGGCUCCAGCAGGUUUGGGGAAAAACAGCCCAAAGGAGAUGGGGGGGAAACAAGAAAUUAGAGACAAAAUAGGCGCUGAAUCGGAGAGUGCAGAGACUACAGCAGGGUCUAGGAGGGGGUCUGGCUUUAAAGAGAGGUUGAAAUUUAGUGGGGUGGGGAUCAGAGGAGAGGACCUGAGAUCCGGACCACAUACACCAGAGCAGAAUGAGGAGGAGCUGAGGUCGAGUGGAGAGAAGCCGAGUGGAGAGCAGCUGAGUGGAGAGAAGCCUAGGUCAAGUGGAGAGCAGCUGAGGUCAAGUGGAGAAAAGCUGAGUGGAGAGAAGUUGACAUCAAGUGAGAAGCUGAGUCUGAGUGAAGAGAAGCUGAGGUCAAGUGGAGAGAAGGAGGGCUCCAGGGAAGAGAAGCCAGAAAGUAGCGGAGAGGAUUUGAGAUCCACUGGAGAUAAACUGAAGUCAAGUGCAGACAAGCUGGAGGGUUCAGGGAUGGAGAGUGUAACUGAAGAGACAACUGAAAGAGUGCUAGAAGUGACUAAUGAUGAAAAACAGAUGAAAAUUACUGAUGCUGAGAUGGAAAAUCCUUUUGAAAGGGUGGAAGGGAGUGAUGAGCUACAAGAGACUGAGGAAGCAGUGGGAGUUGAGAAGGAUGUCUUGGGCGGAGUGAAUGAUCCUAUUGAGGAAUCUGUUUCUAUCGAAGAGAAAGAGGUUACAGAUGAAGGUGAUGAUGAGUGAGGCCGAUGAAGGAGUGGAGCUAGCAAAGGAAACAGAGGCAGCGGAAGUGGUGCAAGUCAAGGAGGAGAAAUUAGAGCCAAGCAGAGCGGUACUGACUGUGAAGAGGUAAAUAUGAGAGAGGAAAGGAGAGGCUGGGAAUGAUGAGCUUUUGAGGAUGGAGGUGGAGGCUAGGACCAAAGGAAAUGAAGAAGAAUGAGAACAAGGGGAAUGGGAAGAUUUCAAGGAGAAAAAAAAAAAAAAAAAAGAUGUGAUAAUGUGUUGCUACCUGGAGGAAACAUGGAGAUUGUUCUCUUGGAGAAGAGCUGUGACUGACGGGCUUGUUGGGAAAUGUUUGAGAAAUGGAUUUGGGAGGAGCUAGAGGAUUUAGUUUAGCGUGUGAUUGGUUUAUAAGAUAGAGAAGAAUGCAUAGUGAGAAAAAUGGGGAAUGACAGCAGGAUAAAGGGUAGAUAAUGAAGGCUGUGAAGGAAGAUGCAACCUGGAGUGAGCCAAGAAGUCUUCUGAGAGAUGAUCCUGGAGAGAAACAAGGGGGUCCAAAGUGACACAGGCAAGAGAAAAGAAAGAAGUGGAAAAAAAAAAAAACUUCAUUUUGGCCAACCACAUCACCUAAUAGCUUCCAGAGAAAGCGACCAUGGGAGGUCUCUGCCUUCCCAGGAUCAUCUACUACUAGGCUCCUUUGGCGAUUCUCUGGGCACCGAGAAAUCCUUGCCUCUCUUAUGGGAUACCUACACAGGCAUGAGGUCAAGACAGUUGUAUGGGUCUCUCAGACUGCAUAUAAGUCAUGAACUGAAUAACCAGACUUAUUCUUUGACUGGAUUACACUUUCUCCUGGGAUACCAGAUUCAUUCCACUGAGGCCAUGGAAACAAAAAAAUGAAGAUUGAGACACUACAACAGAUGGCAGCCACCUUCACCAGGACAUGAACCCUCUUCACACCUCCUGGAAGAUCACAUCGAAGGCCCAGGACCGGCAGCCACCCCCCCUCCUUGGUUGUCCAUCUAGCAGGGGGGACAUGAUGGAAGAACACAGAACUGAGUCCCCAGAGUGAUCAGGUCUCCCCAGGUGACCCUAGUGUCCCAGACAGUGGACUCUGUGGAUCAAGGACUCAUCACCCCACGGGCCUUUCUCCUACAGCUGCCCCUGGACAAACUCUUGGCCUCCACAACGGUAGAGACCCACAGGAAGCUACCCGCUUCUGUCUUUCAGUAUCAGAGAGCCUGAGCGAAGCUCCUGGAAGUGGGAGCCACAGCAGCCGCCCCGGCAACGGCGGAGGGAGGAGUGACAGCAGGACUCACCCUCCCCAGAACGACGAGGGUAAACGCUCACCCGUGCCCUCCAGGUUUAGACCCGGACCCAACCAUCUGGGCCGAUCCUGUCUCGAGAGAGGCCUGCACAGCUCCCUGCCCUGGACACCAGCAGCAGGUGGCACAGACCACCCGGAAGCCCUCCUCGGCCAUCCCCUGUAGGGACAGCCCCGCACACCGCUCCCGCAAGGGCCACCAGAACUCUGGUGGGGAAAGUCACCAGGAUGCAAGGAAGUCAAUAAUUUGAACAAACGGAAUUUCUUUGUCCUUUGUAAAAGUCAACACAUGAUCUGUUACUGAUUGGGAUGUGAAAUAAAACUAAAAAUAACAGCA